UUCGGUGCGGCUCUGCAUCUUCAGCGCUACGUUUUGCUCGCGUCGGUGGAGCAAGUCUGUCGAGGGUCCUGGCACAGGUGUCCUCUAGGGGUGAUCCUAUGAAUUCCAAAAUGAAAAAGAAACUGAAUGCUGAGAAAUCAUCACUAUCUUUACAGAAGUACUUCACAGAUACCACAUGCAGUACUGCCACAAGAAAGACUCUCAAAAUGAUUCAGCCUUCAGCCACAGGCUUCCUGGUUGGCAGACAUAAUGAGAGGAAGUCUUCAAUCAAAAGGAAACUCUGGAAUAACAAGUUAACUUCAAAGACAUGUAAAGCUGAGGAUACUGUGGACAAAGAGCAAGAAAAUGAAAAUACAAAUGAUGUCAUUCAAGCAGCAGACCUCAUGAAAAAAAGCCCUUCAUCUCAAUAUUGGAAAGCAGUGGCUGAAGAAAGGAGGAAGGCUCUGUAUGAAGUGCUUCAAGAAAACGAAAAGUUGCACAAAGAAAUUGAACAGAAAGAUGGUGAAAUUGCCUGUCUAAAAGAAGAAAAUGAGGAACUGCUGUCACUGGCUGAACAUGUGCGUUAUAUGACCAGCGUGAUUGAGAGGCUAACUGGGCAAGCACCUGACAAUCUUGAGGCACUGAAGAAUCUGGCUCUAGAGGAAUUUGAACAAGAAAACGAAUAACUUUGGGAUGAUUGUAGACAGCCCUCCUGAGGAAGGGCUGUCACAAGUUUAGUGCGACUUGACGAUUACUUCAGAUUUUGCUUUAAAUGAAGUAGAAGUUUGAAACUGGAGGGACAACCUUAAACAGGCUCAUGCAUGUGGCUUUUCUUUUAAUUACAGGCUUCUAUUGAAAGGAUAUACUAAAGUUUCUCAGGUAUAGAAACUCUUGUGGAAGCAUUACAGAUGUUGGGUUUUAACUGGAGUUAUGUAGCAGUGGGAAUAACUGGAUACUGCUUAGAAAACACAUUACAGGCUGCACUUAGUUGCUUGUAUAAAAUGCAAAUACUGUGUAUUUCAAGCUGUUGUGUAAAUAGUAUCUUAUCAGUUGGUCUGACAUGAUAUAUGAAAAUUGAUAAAUAAAUCUUUGCCUUACCAAAAUACUCAGCCUCUUAUUUGAGUAGGAAACU